CUUUGGAGAAAUCUCGAGCCAUCCGUUCGAUUUCGAAUGAAAUGAAAACGUGAAUAAAUUUAAAUUCCAGAAAUUUGGGACCGUAUUUCGGAUAUAAAUCGAUAAUUUAUUGUAUUAUGAGCGUUUUAUUAAUCAUCGAGUGUUCGAAUACGUUGAAAUCAUAAUACUAAACACAUCCGUUGAUCGUUCGACCGACAUUUCACAAUGGAAGCAAUGAUAGCAAAAUCCCUCUCUGCCAAUAAUGAAGAAAGAAAAUUGGCUACCAAACAUAUUUGCGAAGUGAUGAAAAUACCAGCUGCAUUUCACGAAUUUUGGAGCGUAGUUGUAAACAGCAGUAAUCCAGAUGCCCGUCAAGCAGCUGCGAUGUAUUUCUAUAAAAUGGUGCAGAAGAAAAAGAAAUGGAAUCAGUUGGCCGACGAAGUGAGACAGAGAAUCAAAGAGAGCGUUUUGGAACGUAUUCAUCAAGAACCAGAAAAGAAAGUUAAAACGGUGAUCGUUCAGUCUGCUGGUCAGAUUGCCUUGAAUGAGGCGGAUGGAUGGCCCGAAUUAUUUCGACUUAUCGAAGAAACCAUCGGAUUUGAGGGAAUGACCGAAAUGCGAGAACUCGGUAUGUUCGUAUUGAGUAUUUUGACCGAACACGCUACUGGAUUGUUCGAGUUGCAUGUAACAGCGUUGAUGAAUGUGUUUGGAUCUAUUUUAACGAAACCCGAAUAUUACGGAUCAUCUUUAGCUUAUCUGACUGUAAUUAGUAUGAAAAAUUUCCUAUUGUUUUUCCACGCCAAAGAUAAAGCGGUGGCGCAAAAUUUCGAAUACUUAAUUCCAUCGGUGAUAGAAGUAGUCAAAGCUCAAAGUACUAGAAACCGACCGGAUCGUUCGAUCGAAUGCUUGAUGUUUUUCGAAGCUUUAUUAGAAGCUUAUCCUCGCGUUGUGACUGCUAAUUUGAAAUCCAUUAUCGAGAAUCUACUCAGAACAGCUAUAUUUUUAAACGUCGAUGAAAUUAGUUGCAGAAUUCUCGACGUCAUUUCGACUGUAAUUUGCCAAAAAACAAAGAAAAUUGCUAAAGAUAAAGAUAUAUUACAAAUGCUGUGCCAAACCUUGUACGAAAUAAUCAGCUCUCCGAAAUCCGUCGAAGAAGGAAAAGACCACUACGAUGUGUACGAUAGCACCUCGAGCAUAGUUAAUGGAGCAGUCGAUCUGCUAGAUACUUUAUCCAACGAAAUAGAUCCCGAUAUCUUAAUGAAACACAUGAUGCCAGUUCUCGACGGAGCUUCCACCAGCGAGAAUAUAUUUUGUAAAAAAGCCGUCUACAUUAUCCUCGGAGUACUCGUAGAAAAAUGCAAAAGUCAGAUUAAAGCAGCCGGAUUGAAUCAAAUCAUCGCUUUCAUCCAAGCAGGCCUAUCUUCAAAUUGUUAUUUAUCCCUGAACGGAGCCCUAUUCGCGUUUUGGAGAUUCCUCGAUAAUUUCCAACCCGAGAUCAAUAUAUUUUUACCAGACUUAGUUCCACUUCUGUUGCAAUUGUUGCAAAACGUCGAAACGAAUUUGAAAAGGAUUGAAGGUCACAUGGUACCGAAGAUGUUCUCAACAUUGAACGAAUGCUGUGAAAUUUUAGAUUCUUCGUUGGAGCCCAUUUUACCUAUAAUGGUUCCUACUCUAUUGGGAGUAAUUAAUUCUUCGAUUAAGGUGCACUAUAGAGAAUUAGCCAUCAGUGUGAUUGGACAAGCUGGUGCUGCCACGAAACGAGGAUUUAGAGAGUAUUUUUCAGCUGUGUUGGAAGUCCUGAGACCGUUCUUGGCCGAUAAUCUACCAGAUGAUCAGUUACCUUUGCAAGUUCAAACUUUCGAUACUCUUGGCACGUUAUUUAAAAGCUUAUACGUAAAAGGAGACGAAAUACAGCUGGUAGAUGACGUAGUCAAUGUUACUCUCACUAUAACGGAGCUGAAAAAUUGUGGCGAAUUGAGAAGUGGAUUAUAUUCGAUGCUCUCCGAUUGCUCAGAAUUUAUGAAAGAGAAAAUGGAGGGCUAUAUUCCCAGGAUUUUAAAACUGAUGGAAAUUUCGUUCAAAGAAAUCGAUUCUUAUCAUCCAGAUUUCUCCGCCGAAGAACUCGCUGCUCAAGGCAUGACUUUGGAUGCAGAUGAUGGCGACAAGAAAACUGCUCCCAUAAAAGAUCUAAAAAUAAUCGAAGAGAAAGAAGAAGCUUUAAUGGCGUUGGGAAAUAUCGCUUUCAACACCGGGGCACCUUUUCAACCAUAUUUGAAACAUUGUUACGGACUUUGCUUCACGUUAGCGUCUCAUGAAAACCAUGUCAUCAGAGCUGCUGCCAUCGAAGCUCUAACCAAUUUGUAUAUAUCGAUAAAACGAUGUUUUCCUGACGAAGUUUCGACUGGUAUUCCUAAUACUUAUCUAUCGCUGGUAUCAAAAUUCAACGAAGUCGUCAAGCAAGACGAAAACAUCGAUGUUGUAUACGCUGUGCUGGAAGGAUACCAAAAAAUAUUGAAAAAUAUACCCCAAGUUGCGGCUGUAGUCGUCGAAGAAACACCCAACACUGGAACUACUACCACAAACGGCGCAAUUAUAGGCAGCGUUAUCAAAACUGUCAUCACUGAUAAGUGCCAUUGUCAAAAGCUCAAAAUGAGAGAAGACGAUAGCGAUGAUGAUGAAGACGACGAUGACGAUGAUGACGACGACGACGAAGAAGAAAUCGAAGAUAUGUAUAGCUUGGAUCACUUGACCAUCUCCGCCGAAGAAUUAAUACCUCUGUUAGGAGAUUCUCUACCCCUAGACACGUUCGUGGUAUAUUUCUUCAGUUUUCAAAGACAUUUGCUCAAAUUCUUGGAAAAACACCACGCUAAAGAAGUUCGCGAAUCAACCUCAGCCACAUUAGGUCUCUGCGCCAAAUACCUAGGAAGUUACAUGAAUGUUUUCGCCAUCGAAUUCGCACCUAUUCUGCCCACUCUUAUGAGAGAUGCCAACGAAUUCGUCAGAAACAACGUAGCCUUCUGUUUAGCUCAAAUGGUCAUUCAUGGAAAAGAAGCCAUGUAUACAUAUUUCAACGAAAUGUCUAUCUCAUUACUCAACUGGUUACGAACCGAAAGCUGCGCUAUGGUUUUAGAUAACAUUUGCUCUGCUAUUGCCAGCUUAAUAGUCGUUAAUAAAGAUAUGCUGCCUUUAGACGACAUUUUACCAGAUUACUUUCGGUAUUUACCGUUGAGAGAAGAUUUCGAUGAAAAUACCGUCGUAUUUAGAUCUUUUGUAGCGUUAUUCCAGAAUGAUAAAUAUAAACAGUAUUUAGUAAAGGCGGUCGAAGUAGUGCUCGUUAGCUCGAUCAGUAAACAAGUUCAAUCAGAUGAAGCGAAACAAGAAGCUUACAGAUUAUUCGAACUAAUCACCAAGUUCUACGCCAACGAUAAAGAAUUAAUAUUGAGAAGCUUGCCUGAAGAACUAAGACCUCAUUUUGUCGCAUCUUUGUAACUUGAAAUAUUUAUCUCUUAACUAAAUUAUUUUAGCGAAGAGGAAAAAGAAACCACGAAAGUAGUAUUAAUAUUCUCAAUAUUCGUACGAAUUGUUUUCUUUUUCUUCUUUCUGGAGUUUUCUUGUGGAUAUCUGUGAUCGUUUUUUUAUAAUUAUUAUUAUUGUUGUUGUUAAUUCUGUUAUUGUAUAAUAGUGUAACUAAUUUUUAAUAGAGUUUACUCGUUUUUAAUAACAUUGUGUAUAAGUAGAUGCUGUUGUCUGUUCUGUGACAUGACCUAUAUUUAUUGCGUAAAUAAGCGCUGAAAUUAAUAAUAUUUAUUAUAUUAUUUCGAUUCGA